AUGUCAUCAACUAGAUGCAUAAAAUUGUUCUUUCAACAUGUCAAACGGAUAUUACUUGAACUUAAUUUGUUCAGAAGUAUUCCACCAUCAGAAGACAUAAAUAUUCUUCGUCAACAACGUCAUCAAACUCGAUUAUAUCUGUUUUUACAAUUAAUAUCUUUGAUUAUUCUCACAUUCUAUGCAUCUUUCAAUCCUAAUAUAAUCAGUAUUACCAAAAAUGAUCCAUCAUUCUCAACUUUUAUUGAACUUAAUGAUCAAUAUUCAUCAACACUUGAUUGUCCAUGUAGUCACACAUCGUUGGAAUAUCGUCAAUUUAUUUCUGAUAUUAACGUUACAUAUCAUGAAAUCUGUUCAUCUCAAUUUGUUUCUUCUCGUUGGAUCGAACUUAAAUUUAUUGACUCUUCCGAGGGAGAAUUCUAUAUCAAUGAUAUUCGUUAUCAAUCGAAAAUGUAUUUUCAACUUUUAUCAACACUUUGUCGAGUAGCUAAGCAAACGGUUGACGAUAAUCUUCAGUCAUUGUAUCGAACAAUAUUUAUUACGAAUAAAGUUAUCACAAAUUCUUCUUUUCAAAAUCAGUCGAAUUUAAUUAUUGAGCAAUUCAAAAGAACAGUAUCGCAAUCGUAUCUUCGUACAUUACAGUUAAUGGAAGUAAAUGUGGAAAUCAGUCAAUUGGUUGUACCACUCAAUUCAGAUUUUACAUAUAAAAUUAGCAGUCAUAGUGAAGUUAUUUUACGACCUAUGAAAGUUUUAUCUCGUCAUGGUUAUGAAAGCUACAAGCACGUCAGUUGCUUUUUCUUGCUUCCAAACGAGUGUGUUCUGCAAACAGUAGUGUGGAAAACGGCUGAAGAUGUUGAGAAUAUUCACGGAAUGGUACAAUCUGUAUCUCCCUUUCGAUCUGUUUUAUUAUCGACAUUAGAAUGUCUUUAUAACGAAACAUGUUUUUCAUAUAUUACAAAUCAAAUUAAUCCAUUAAUUUCGCCGCAAAACUUUUCUUUACUUAAGUCAUCAUUAUUAUCAAUGAACCAAAGUCCGUAUGAUCCAAUUAAUUCGUUAGUAAAUAAACUUUUUAUUCAAUCAUGGGAGAAUAAAAGUUCUUAUGAAUCUUAUUUUGAUGCCUGUUCUCCAUCAACUUGUCAAUAUACUUAUUACAGUCGAUUUUAUAUUAUUAGUAUUAUUACAAUAUAUAUCGGAUCUUUGGGCGGUCUUCAUCUCGUUCUACAUUUCUUAGUACCAUAUAUUAUUAAACUAUUGUCUCAAAUUUGGAAUACAAUCAUUUCUCGACGACGAAACACGAUUAGACCAAUUAUUGAAAUCGCAUCUAUUAGAACAGUUUGUCAUAAUCGUCUACUUGUUUUAUUCAAAUAUAUUAAAAAAUGUAUUGUGGAAAUAGAUCUUUUUUCUACAAUUCCUCCGUCACAAGAUGAAAAGAUUAUUCGAAGAAGUCGACGCUUAACUCGAAUUUAUUUGAGUUUAAUUAUUAUAUCCUUAUUCAUUCUUGUUAUUUACACAUUGAUAUCAAAAGAAACAAGCAUAGUUAUAGUAGAAUCUCCAUCUAGAUCAGAAUAUUUACGAUUAUCCAAUCAAUAUCCAUUAACAUUUCAAUGUUCCUGCGCUAAUAUUGCAGUAAAAUAUGACAAAUUUAUCACCCAGUUCAAACCUGAUUAUCAUUCAAUUUGUUCGAACGAUUUCUUGUUAUCUGAUAGAUAUGACACACCAUGGAAGUCCAAAAAAUUGUAUAUUCCAGACAGUUUUGAUGAUGAUGAUUACCGUACUUGGAUUGAAUCACAGUUCAAAAUUGUAUCACAAAUGUGUUCAUUAUCUGCAGGCAUUUUAAACUCAUCAUUAUUAUUAUGGCGUGAAAGGGAUUUUAUUACAACACAUAUUGUAUCUCCUAUUCAAUUCGAUAUUCAAAUAAAAGGAUUAAUUAAAGAAUUUAAGAGAACAACAAGUGAUGAACUCAUGUUAUUAUUUGAACUACUUCAAUUGACAAAUAAUGCAAAUCAAUUAGCAACGGUACAAUCAUCAAACUGGAACUUCAUUCUUAGUCUACCAUAUAGCUCAUACAGUGCAAUAGAUUUAGUAGAACGAAACAGUCAUCGAAUUUUAUUACAUGCAUUAACUAAACCACGAAUAUAUGAUGAGUCGCAGUGUUCAUGUGCAUUACAAAUGAAUUGUUCAAAAUUUUCAACUUAUUUUUAUCCAUUAUCAAAUCAAAUAAUGAAACGAACACUUCCAAAUUUUCGCACUGGUUGUUUUCCUUUAAAUGCAAUGUUACAAUCUACUUUCUCUUGUUUAUAUAACCAAACAUGUUUACAAGAACUACAAGCAUCGAUUUAUUAUACAAAGCCAUUUCCAGUUAAGACACUCAAUAGUUCAUCAUCAUCUUCUAUAAAUCAAACAAUUGAGAAAAUUCUCAAUGAAUUAUUUGUCGAAGAAUGGUCUGAAAAUAUCUCAUACGAAUUGUAUUACAAUGAAUGUGCUCCUAAUUUCUGUCGCUAUUCCCAUCCAUCAAAUUUUAAUCGAGCUUAUUUUAUAACGAAAACAUUAGCAAUAUUUGGUGGUUUAACAAAAAUACUACAUUAUUUUGUGUCUUUUACAGCAAAAAUAAUAAUCAAAUUAUUGAUAUAUAAGAAGAAAAUUAAGGUGAAGCCGCAAUCAGAUGAUAUUGUAAUCGAUUUCAAUGAAACAACUCCUCAGAUAAUUUCAAAUUCAUUAAUAACAACGGCUGAAGCAAAUGUCAAUCCAGUUCAGAAAUAUCUUAAAUCAUCUCAAAAUCGAAAAGAUCGAAUUAUUGUGAUUUGUCUAUGUUUGUUGGUUAUUACCGGAAUAGUUGCAAUUUCAGUGAUAUGGAUUCGAAAAAUAAAUACGAAUCUUAUGUUAACAAAUACAUCAUCAACCACUACUUUAAUAACAACUACUACUAUGACAACAGACUUAACAAAAUCAUCAAUGGAAAGUUGUUACAUGACUCUAGUGUAUCAACCUGAAAUGUAUCCAAUUGGUCAUAACGCAAAGUCCAUUGUUGUCAUAGACUUUAAUAAAGAUUCAUUUUUAGAUCUAGCAGUGUCAAAUUACGAUAAUCAUACGAUUAGUAUAUUAUUUGGAAAUGGCAAUGGAACAUUUCAAAAACAACAAAUCUAUUCAACCGGCGAUCAAAGUUAUCCUUGGGAUAUAGCAUCCGGUGAUUUUGAUAAUGAUACGUUUUUAGACAUAGUUGUAACAUUGUCAGCAAUAAACGAAAUAGCGAUCUUUUACGGCACCGCGUCAAACGGUUCAUUCAUCACAGUACCUCAAAGGGUCAGUUUGUCUGACUCUAAGAACGGCAAUAUUGAUGUACUAGAAGCUGCUGAUUUAAAUUAUGAUGGAGUUAUUGAUUUACUCAUUGGUAGACUCGUCAAAAAGCACGUUGAUAUGUAUGAACUUUACGCACUCAAUUUUGACAAUAAACGUCAGUAUAGAUUUGAAGAAAUACAUCCUCUUGUUUCAUAUGAAGAUGUCGAAUCUGCUGUAAUCGGCAAUUUUGAUAAUGAUGACAAACUAUAUGAUAUUGGUAUGUGUAGUUUUGACGACCAAGUAUAUGUGUUUUCAGCCGUCAAUAUUAGUGGAGACAACAAAUACAAUGAACUCCCAAGUAUUCAAAUUCAUGGAACACCACAAUCACUCGUUCGAGGUCGAUUCAAUGAUGAUGAACUCGAUGAUAUAGCAAUGGUGGCUCCUAAAUCUAACGGAUUGCAUGUUCUACUUGCUCGUGGAGAUGGACGUUUCUCUCAGCAAAUCUAUUAUGUUGAUAGUCAUCCAGUGUCCGCUGUUCGAAUCAACUUCAACAAUGAUUCGAUCGAUGACAUAGCUGUAUUAACAACAUACACUAUUUCGGUUUCACUUGAUAAAAAUUCUGUUGAUGAAUGUUUUCGAUCACUCAAAGUAGCUGAUCUAAAUCGUGAUGGUAAAGAUGAUUUAGUUUUUAUUGAUCUCAAAACAAAAAAUUUAAUUAUACUGUUGCCUUUUCAUAUUAUGAAAAGUAAAGACUUACAAAAUCUCGCACUUUCAAAGUACGAAAAAGGUGAUGGUUCUACAAAAAUCUUUCAUGAUUUAAAUGGUGCCAUUGGUUUGUCAACAAUUGAACGAUGGUGCAAAGUAACACGUGAAAGUGGCUCAAUCAAUCUGUCAAAGUCACCUGGGCGUCCUCGAAUCAUUCGAACAAAAGCAGCUAUUCAAAAACUCAAGAAACGAUUGAGUCGACGAAACGUGUCCGCUCGUAAGUUAUCUCGUGACUUGGUCAUUUCUCAAACAAGUUUUCGGAGAGUACUCAAGGAUGAUCUUCAACUCCGGGCCUAUAAAGUCCAAACUGAACCAUUGCUCACAGAUGAGCAUAAAGCCGUAAAUCGUACAGAUGCCUAUAUCAGAGGUGGUAUUAGGCAAAAACGGAAAUUUCCUCAAAAACUUAUGGUUUGGCUCGGAGUUUGUUCUAAAGGAGUGUCACCUUUAGUUAUUUUCGAGAAAGGCACAGUUGAUCACGAUCGAUAUAUAAAAGAAGUGUUACCAAUAGCUCUAAAAUAUGGUAAUAAGGUGUUUGGCAACGACUGGGUCUUUCAGCAAGACGGUGCGAAACCUCACACUCACGGAAAAACUCAAGAUUGGUGUGCCGAAAACUUUCCUUCGUUUAUCGACAAGGAUCAUUGGCCUCCAGAUAGUCCCGACUUAAACCCGUUGGACUAUUGUAUUUGGAACGAUUUUGCUCAAUCAAUGAACUGGGACAAGGUGACAUAA